UGUGAACGGCUUUUUAGCUAUUCCUCUUCUCCAACAAUUGCCCGACAUGGAGUUGGGGUAAGGUGAUCGCCCGCCCUCCUGCGUUCGUGGAUAUAGAUAUAUAUAUAUUAGGUAUCUGGGGAGGGAACUAGUUUGGCGACUGUACUAAACUACCUGCUUCGUACACUUGUCAAUCUUGACAUCCUCCACACUCGUUAAUAGUUCAACUUGCAAUCUUCGUUCGUUACCUGCCCACCAUGUCGCUCUUUUCAAUUCUGAUGCUGCCACUCGCAGUUGGGCUUGCCGGCGCCCAAGCCGUCCUCCCCCGCCAGGCACCCGGCGGUUGUACCUCAUCCGUCACUCUCCCUGGCACGGUGGUCUACGUGUAUGAGCCCCUCUCCACCUGGGUCCCCGGCGCAGCAACAACCACCAACCCAGGGCCCAUCUCCGAGACCACGACCGUCUACGAGACCGUCUAUUCCACCUUCUGCCCCGCCUGCACCCACGGCCUCGGCCCCAGCACCUACACCCUCACCCAAGUCUGCCCCGGCGGCCCCGGCUCCCCCUGCCGGCCCCGUGGCGACAACUGCCCCCCGGGCUUCCACGUGGUCGUCUCCGUCUGCCACCACUGCGGCGACGAGCCCCUCACCGCAACGCUCACCCUCCCGCUCCCGGAGAAGACGGCCACCUACGAGGCAGCCUACCCGUACUUCUGCCCCACGGGCCUCGAGACGAAGACCUACACCGUCGCCCAGGUGUGCCGCGACGACGACCCCUGCGACCACCCCGGCGACGGCCGCCUGCCGCCGGGCUUCACCGAGAGCGUGGGCGUGUGCGCCACGUGCGGCCCGAAUCCCAUCACCGCCACCCUGACCGUCCCCGCCGGCGGCGUGCCGACUGGGGGCGCCGCCGUAACUGUUACGAAGCCGCUUGGCCCCGCUACCGAGACUGGCGCGGGGGAUCACCCGGUGUAUGUUGCGGGCGCUGUUGGUUCGCCUGCGUGGGGGUUCCCGGCCUUGGUACUGGUGCUUGCCGUCCCGGUUGUCCUGUUUCGGUUCGGGCUUUAGUUGGGGUUGGGGUGCUGGGUGGUAGUUAGUUAUCGACGGUGGUAUUGGGGACAGGUACUAGGUAUUAAAUAUAUGAGAGUGUGGCUGUGAGUAUUACAGGUUAAAAUGCUCCCAGGAUCAUGCCCUUGAUCAUUUCCAUCUUUGUGAGUAGACUGGUACUGCUGCCGCUUUAACCUGUGCAGUGGGUGCGUGGAUGAUAUUUCAACGAUUGGUUCGUCUUGACUCGUUUUAUCUUGGCUCAAUUCAUCUCGUCUUGGUUCGUGAUUAUGUUGAGAACGAUUACCUUGUUCCGUGCCUAUCCACCUUUUUUG